UCAAGCUGUGAUUGUGAUUUCACCAUGCUAAGCCAGAGAGGUUUAUCAAACUUUUUUUUUCUUUUUCUUCCUUUGCCAUUUAAUUAAUUUCUAGCCAACUGUUUCAGUUUAUCUUGGUUUUGCUGUCCUGUUUUGCUUUCAUUAAGAGAAGAUAACACAAGAUCAUCUGAGUUUAGAAGCCAUCUAAUGCCUUAAUGGCUUGCCAGAUAUAUUGGUUGAUUUUGAUGGGGCUUUUCUGUGUUCGCUGCGAAGUAUCUGAGCCUGUAGAUACGAUGUGCACUGAGGUUAUAGCCAACAAAAGCUAUAGCUGUGAAGAUUUAGGACUGAGAGAGAUUCCUGAAAGACUUCCAGCCACAACAGAAAUCCUUGACUUCAGCUUUAAUUUGCUUUCUUCCCUUCACAAUUCAACCUUCAGCAAGCUAAAGAAUCUGGUAUAUUUAGACUUAACAAGGUGUCAAAUUAACUGGGUGUACGAAGGUGCCUUUCAAAGCAAUGCUUAUCUGAAUGUUAUUGUCUUGACUGGAAAUCUACUCAUGUUUCUGGCUGACACAGCAUUUGUUGGCCCACAGUCUCUGAAGCAUCUUGUCUUAACUCAGACAGGUCUAACCAGCUUAGCAUUUAUUCCAAUGCAGAAUCUGGAUAAUUUAGAGACUUUUGACUUGGGCAGCAAUCAUAUCUCCUCACUGCAGCUCCCUCCAAGCUUUCCAACCAGAAACCUCAAAUACCUUGAUUUUCAAAUGAACAACAUACAAAGAAUAGCAGCAAAAGACAUAGAUAUUCUGCUGCAGACAAAGAAUUUAACUCUGAUCUUGAAGGGCAAUGAUAUUAUACACAUUGAAGCUGGGGCGUUCCAGCCCAACUUAUUUUACAGCUUGGACUUUGGAGGUUGCAUUGACAUUUCUGUGGUUUUAGCAGGGAUGCAGGAAACCAGAAUCCAUACUCUUUGGUUGGGGACAUUUGAGGAUGCAGAAAAUGGGCUUCCCAUAAACUCUACUAUGCUUCUGAACCUGUGCAAUAUCUCUGUGGUGGAUAUCAGUCUGCAAAAGCGGCAUUUCCUUCAUUUGACUGCUGCCACAUUUCAGUGUUUGAGCAAACUCCAAAGGCUGGAUCUGACUCACACCUACAUCAGCAUGUUACCUCCUGACAUCAGUGGCAUGAACAUGUUGGAAGAAUUAAUUCUCAAUAGGAACGCCUUUAAGCACAUGUGCAACAUUAGCUCCACCGCCUUCCCCUCCCUCACCCACCUCCAUAUCAGAGAAAAUGCUGAGAAUCUGGACUUAGGCUCUGGCUGUUUAAAAACACUGUCAAAACUUCAACACCUGGAUUUAAGCCACAGUUACAUAGAAAAUUUAGACUGCUGCAGCAACCAGCUAAAAGGCCUGAGUGGAUUACAGCACCUGAAUCUGAGCUACAACAAGCAGCUUCAGCUCCAAGAUUUGGCCUUUAAGGAAGGUGCUAACCUGGAGCUCCUGGAUUUAGCUUUUACACGUCUUCACAUCAAUGCUUCCCAGGGUCCUUUCCGCAAUCUGCAUCUCUUGCAUGUCCUGAACCUUUCUUAUUCCUAUAUCGAUACCAACAUUCAGCACCUUUUACAGGGGCUGCAAAACCUUUUCCUGUUGAACCUUAGGGGGAAUAAGUUUCAGUCAGGGACCAUUCUGAAUGGAAAUCUCUUUCACCAGGUACCCAGUUUAGAGGUGUUAAUUUUAUCAUUCUGUGAUCUGACAGCUAUACAAAACCAAGCAUUUCACACCCUCAAGAAGCUAAAGCAGGUUGACCUGAGCCACAACAAGCUUAUUGCAUUCAGCACAGAUGCAUUUUCCAAUCUCAAGAGCAUCUAUCUCAAUUUUGCCAAUAAUAGGAUCCAUAUUAUACCACGUGACAUGUUAACUAACUUAUCCGGCCAGAGUAUAAUCAAUUUAAGUUACAAUCCACUGGAAUGCACCUGCUCUAAUAUUGGUUUAAUAACUUGGUACAAGCAGAAUAUGGAUAAAAUUGAAGACCCUGAAGGGACAGUGUGUAGUGAGCCCAAAGCUCUAGCAGGUGCUAAGCUGUCCACUGUAACACUCUCCUGUGGGAUCAGUGUUGCAGGAAUUGUUUGCACUGUGCUGGGUUUGAUAUUGCUUGUUGCUGUUAUCUUGGUUUGGGUCACAUGCUUUUUAAAGAGAAAUUACCAACAACUCUAAGUGAAAGAUGGCUCCACAACAGUCAUUUUUAAAUAAAGGAAGAAAGGACAGUUACUAGACAGAUUCUGAAGAAAAGAUAAUUGUUCCUACUUGUUGCUUUGUUCCUGGGCAAUACGCCUUUUAACAUUAGUAUUGCAUGCCCCGUUCACAUUCUUAGCAAUUGAUUAAAGAAAAAUUACUAUGAAAAAACAAACCAGGGCCAGAUCCUGUGAAGAACUUUAGCCACACAAGUAACAGAGUAGGGCCCUGAUCUAUGACAAGGGCUCCUAGGCUCUCUGGUAAUACAAACAAUAAUAAAUAGUCCCAUUGAAGUCUGCCACUAGUCCUCAACUAUAAGCUAGCACUGGGGCCUCAGGCAGCUGAGUGAGCUAGGGGAAUGUCACCAAGGAGGAAAGGCGUGAGAAAUGAAGUGGGAAUACUGGUUCCCCCAAAUGAAUGGGCUGCUCUGAAGUCAGAAUUUAGAAACCGGUGCUAUCUGAAUGGCUGAGGCAAUAGCACGGCUGGUCCUGCACACAUGGUUGCUCUAAAAGAAAAUUAGACUGGCCUCUUUCCUGAUCAUUGUUCACUGAAUCACUGGGUGUAGGUGAGAUGCAAGGCCUUAUUUCUUGCCCCCAAACGUGGUGGGCAAGGGUUUGUGGGGAAUCAGGGGCAGCUUGUAGGGGGAAAUCAGGGCAAUCUGAGGAACUUUGCAGUCAGUGGCCAGAAGGGAACUUUUAUCAGGGAAUAUCUAGGCACAAUAGUUCAUGUCUUGUCUACUAGCCUGUCACCCAUAUCUCUUCCAUACAGGGGCGGUUCCAGGCAACAGCGCAGCAAGCACGUGCCUGGGGCAGCGAGCCGCGAGGGGCAGCCUGCUUGUCGCUGUGAGGGCGGCAGUCAG